UUUUAAAAUUUUCAGAAGAUAAACACAACAUCGACAUCGGUCAUAAGGAAAAACGUGUUCCUCGUCAUCUGCAUGGUAGAUUUUUCUGGAGAUAAAUCUCCUAAAAUGUCUUGUUCAUCAACUGCACUGUGGAAUAAUUUGGAAACUAAUUUAUGUAUUUCACACAAAUCAUUUUUGCAAUUUAAUGCUGAAACGGUUCUAGGAAAAUAACAGGCUUUUAUUUCCAAUAUUUCGGUCAAAUGGGUUUGCAAUUUCAUGGCAAUAGAAUAGUGGGCUAUCGAUCAACGAUGUGGGUAUGUUUGUUAUUCAUUCUGGACCAGUUUUCACGUACCAGGAAUCGAACUUGAGACUCAAUAGUCUGGUGCUUUUCCAUUAAGUUGUAAAUCUUAUUUCGACUGAAACUUUUCAAUCAUCUAGGUACUGUGCUUCAUUUCAGCCAGCAGCCAUGAAAGCCAUUACGAACAAGGACGGAGAAUUCGUUAUUGAGUUGCUCCGUUCCACAGGGCGUGCAAUAAAGAAGUGCUUUUGUUUGAGGCGUUCCGUAAAGCUGCGCAGAUUUCGAAACGGGAAAGGUAGAUUCAGAAGAGUUUGGAAUGCAUGUAAAGGGGCACGUACAACAUUUCUGACAGAAAAUUUGAGCAGCUUUAAGCAAUUCUUUUGUUUAAAGGGAGAAAUUCAAGAGAUGAAAAAGGAUUUAAAACUUCUGGAGGCCCAGAUGAAAGACAUUGAUGAAAAAGUCAGCAGAGAAGGUAUGAAGCCCUCAGAAGAUGUGAGAAUAUGGAAGGAAGAGGCAGAAAAAAUUAAAAAGGCUGCCGAUGAGCUCAAAGCAAACUUUACCCAGCAGCAAAAUGGGGAGAAGAUGAUCACCCAGGUGGUUGAUGAGAAGUUUCAGACUGAAAAACAAAAUGGGUAUGUUGGGAUCUGUCCUCAAAUUUGGCAUCGGUUGAAGAUGAGUCUGAAGGUGGAUGAAUAUAAGCUUCGAAUAAACCAACUCCAAAACAGACAUACAAAGUUUGAAGGCAAGUAUGGGGGUGAUCCUAUAGAGGUCCUGCCCAGAAAAGAACCGGCAUUGAAGGCCUUUGAAAUGUCAGAAGAAAUUAUUUGCAGUGUGAAUAGUUGGGCAGAUUUCUGCAACGGUGUUGAAUCCUUUGGGGACAAUUCAGAUCUCGUUCAUCCUUUGGAAAAGACGCCAUUGUUCUGUUUGACUUUCUUCCUCCAAUUUUUUACAGAGAGUGAAACCACCGUUGCUGGUCUUCUUAUAUUUUGCUGGAUCUUUGUUUUGACGUUAUCUUAUGUGUUGUUGCGCAAGAGGAAAACCAGGAGGGAACCCCGUAUUUCACCAAUGGAGUUGGAGCGCUCGUUGACUGAGGAGGAGUUGGAGUGGUCAUUUAUCCGUCAUUCAGGGGAUGAAAUUCCUCAAACAGCGGGUAGCAAUUGCACUACAUGUUCUGAAAUGAUGGAAGAGGAGCUUGGGUCUAGUUCAGGUUCUCAAAGGAAAUUGGAUGGAAACCCUCAACAUGAGAUCGUUCCUAUUGAGGACUGAAGUCUAUGAGAAAGAUAUUUGGGCUGAAAUUACUUGUGUUAAAUUAUAUAUUUAUUUUAUUUGUUAUGAAGUGUUUUUAAUUAUUGAUAAGAGAUUUCUAUGAUCUAUAAUAUCAAGAGAAUGUAGUGUUCAA